ACCUAUAAACAUUCCAAAAUGGCUGUCUAACAGAAGGCAUAAACAAAAUUCAAAGUUCUUACUAUGAAAGUUAAGUUAUUUUCAGGAAAUUCGUAAUAAAUUGAUAUACAUUUUCUAUUAGAUUGACGGAUUUGUUAAAAACUUUCGAAAAAUUAAAAAAAAUGUCAGCUGAUCCUCAAAUAAGUGGAAAAGAUCGGCUAAAGAGCGCGGAUAAAAACAAAUCUCGCCUUGCAGCAUUGGCGCCGGGAGAAAACAUUAAGGAAAAACAGCUAAAGCUAAAAGAGGAGAGAGAGGCAAAAAGAGCCCAGUUGGAUGAGAGGCAUUAUUAUGUUUUACAAACUGUUGCCGACAGUCUGGGUUUGGAAAGGUCAGAGGUGGAAGAUGCCAUUUUGGAGGGCAGCCAGAUUGAAACAAUGGAGAAGUUUCUAGGAGUGAAUGGCUGCAACAGGCUACUCUUCUACUAUCAAGAGCCAGAGGCAGAUAAAGAACCUGCUGACACAAGUCGUCUGGGUCCACCGCCUGCUAAAAUCUCUAGAACAACAAAGCCAAAGCUAUUUAUAGCUGAUGGGAAGGAGACUCCAUUGAAGGGAGUUUGUCUGGUCUUUACUCGCAUGCCCUCAAGCAGUAACACCAGCGUCACUGAAGCCAACAUGACAAAGGAAAUCAAUUUUACAAUGCUUGACUGUAAUGGACAAGGGACAAAUGGCAGAGGUCUUUUGCGCGCAGUUGAGAGCGUGUUAUCAGGCGUGUUUAUACCUGCAUUGAAAAAACUAGAAAAUGGAUGGGACCAACUGUCCAAUCAGGAAGGAGGUGGCAUCAGAAAUGACUUUCUUAACUCCCUUGAUUCAUUUGUAUCUGUUCUUGUUGGUGCACAGGAAAGCCUGGAAGAAAAAGUGACCCUAAAGCCCUGUGAGAACUUUGACCUGGCUAAAGUGAACACCAUCUCAGACUACCAGACAGUGGCCAACAGCACAGAGUCACUGGAGAAGAUUGAGGAGUGUAUGAGGGGAUGGAUCAAACAGAUUGAACAAGUGCUGGCAGAAAGUGAGCAGAUGAGAAGAGAAGCAGACGACAUUGGUCCUCGUGCAGAGCUCGAGCAUUGGAAGAAGAGGAUGUCAAAGUUCAACUACCUUGUGGACCAGAUCAAAGGUCACGAUGUCAAGGCUGUUCUGGGGAUCCUUCAUGCUGCCAAGUCUAAACUUAUCAAAGUCUGGCAAGAGCUUGACCGGCGCAUCACAGAUACAGCCAAUGAAGCCAAAGACAAUGUUAGAUUUCUCUACACCCUGGAGAAGUUGUGUGACCCACUGUACCACAGUGACCCAGUUGGAAUGCUGGAGAGUAUCCCAGCACUGAUCAAUGCUAUCAGGAUGGUCCACAGCAUCUCACGCUACUACAACACCUCUGAGAGGAUGACCUCACUUUUUGUUAAGAUCACCAACCAGAUGAUUACAGCGUGUAAAGCUUACAUCACUGACCACAGAAUUGAGACUGUCUGGUCACAACCAAUGGCUGUUGUCAGACAAAAGUUGGAUGCCUGCAUCAAGUUAAAUGAUGAGUACCAGAGACACUUCCACAAAACAAAGGCAAAGUUAGAGAACACGGCCAAUGAGCGACCAUUUGACUUCUCUGAGAUGUACAUUUUUGGCAAGUUUGACACAUUCACCAGACGGCUCAAGAAGAUACUGGACAUGUUUGACACCAUGGACAAGUACUCACACCUGGCUGAGAGUAAGAUUGAAGGUAUGGAGCUUAUGGCCAAUAAAUUCAAUGUAAUAGUCACAGCCAUUAGAAAACGUCCAUACGACUUCCUUGACCAAAGAAAAAUGGAAUUCGACCAGGAUUAUGAUGAUUUCAAGAGGCAAAUCAAUGAGCUACAGGCAUCAAUAGUGAUGCUGAUGGACCAGAAGUUUGAGAAGAUCACCAGCACACACAGAGCAUUGGUUUUGUUGCGCAAGUUUGAAAUGUUGCAGCUAGAGAAUUUAGGAAUUCAUGAGAAGUACCACAGGAUUUUACAACAUUACAGCCGAGACAUUGAUAUGGUCUCAAGAAUUUAUCAGAAACAAAAGAAUGACCCACCUUUGGAUAGAGAUCAUCCACCGAUUGGAGGAAAGAUUUCGUGGGCCCGUCAACUCUUCAGAAGAAUUCAGGGUCCCAUGGAAGUUUUCCAAUAUCACGGAACCAUCCUUCAGGGGUCAGAGGCCAAGAAAAUAGUGAAAAACUACAACAAAAUUGCCAAAGUUUUGCUGGAGUUUGAAAUGUUGUAUCACAGAGGUUGGCUUCGACAGAUGGAAGCUGCCAAGUCAGGCCUGCAGGCCUCACUGCUGGUGCGACACCCAGAGACCAAGGAGUUGUAUGUGAACUUUGACUUCCAGAUCUUCACCAUGAUCAAAGAAACAAACCACAUGUUCAAUCUGGGGCUGGAGAUUCCUCCAAUAGCCAAAACCAUGAGGGCCAAAGAGAUGGAAUACAAGAACCACUACUCUGCUCUCUGUAUGAUGUUAGAAGAAAACAACAGAGUGAGAAGAAAAAUUCCUGCAGCAUUUGAGGCUUUAAUGGGACUCCACCUGGCCAAGGUGGACGAUGUGCUUGAGCCUGGCUUGACCACCCUGUCGUGGACCGCCAUCAAAAUACCAGAUUUUAUCCAAAGUGUUUACUGUGCUCUCUCUGAGCUGGAACUGUUGGUAGACCGUGCUCAUGAUGUCACAGAGUUCCGCAUUGAUGCCAUCCUCAGAGACAUGGCCACUACCACACUUUGUCAGCUGCCUGAAGAUGAGCCUUGGACUGUCCAAGAUUUCCUGGACAAUACGCAGAAACUGUGUGCUAAAGGAGCUGUAAUUCUUCAAACCAAAAGUCAGACAGUGGAGGAGGCAGCCAAUGAGCUGAUCAACAUGCUGUGUAACAUGGAGCCUGAGGAGAAAGAGGGAAUCCAAGAAGAGGAGGAAGAGGAGGAUGCUGGCUUUGAUGAAGAGGAAGGAGAUGGGGACGAGAAAGAGAAGACAGCAAGGGAAGAAACUGCAGGCAGUUCUGCCCCACACUCACGUGCAGGCAGCCGUAAGUCAAGACCUGUCUCGUCUAAACUCAACGCAGCAGCAAAGAAGAAGAAAGAGAUGAGAGAGAAUAUCGAAGAGUCUGCCAUGGACCUGCUGACCCACUUUAACAACAGAAACUUAGAUGCACUGCUGAAAGCCACAAGAAACACGCUGGAAUCUUUAAGGAAAAGGAUUACCUCAAGUUCAAUGGCUCACUACAUAGGAGACAGCUCUUUGUAUGGUGACCAAAAACGAGACAGUCGUCCAUUUUUCCGCACCAACGCCACCCUGGCCAUCCCUCAGAUUGUGAUGCACCCAGCACUGGAUGAAGUUCAGCAGGCCUUGAACAAGGCUGUGCAGAAUGUCAUCAGUGUCAGCGGAGCUGUGGCUCAGUGGAGCAAGGAGAGGAGGAAGCUUGUCAAACCAGCACAAGUUGAUCAGACCCAGGGUCCUGAUGGAAUGGAUCGUCGAGGCAGUGUGGCAAGUGUCGCCCAGUCCGACAUAUCCCACAUUGACCCUCAUGCAAAAAAAGUGGACGGGGUAGAGUCAGUGAGAAGCUACGCCAUUGUUCAACAGCCCAAAAAUUAUUUAAAAUCUGUCAUGGAAAAUAAAGAGAUAGCAAAGCUUGCCUCACUGCUGUCCACCAGUAUCAACUCCAACAAAAAGGAGGUAACAACAGCCCUGGACCAGUUUGCAGACUACCAAAAAAUCUGGGAGAAAGACAGAGAAGUUGCCCUAGAUGAGUUUAUGAAGGAAGAUCCCAAGUUGUCUGAGUUUGAAGCUGCCAUUCGUGGAUUUGAAGUGCUGGAAGUUGAAAUUAACAGUCUCCCAGAGUACUACGAUGCUGGUCCUAUAGCCUUAUAUACAGAGCAUUUAAAAAUUGGCCUGACCAAUGAGACCAAAGCUUGGAGAAUGCUCUACGGGAAAUUCUGUAAUCAAAAGUACAAAAACCAGAUGGAUGACAUUUUCAGCUUUAUUGAUGACUUCAGUAAGAGGCUGCUGCGACCAAUCAAAGACCUGGAUGACAUCCGCUUUGCAAUGGCUUCUCUAAAAGAAAUCCGAGAGAAUGAGAUCAGGAUUGAUAUGUGCAUUGCACCUAUUGAGGAAUCCUACGCCAUGUUGAACAGACAUGAGCUCAAGCCAGAGAAAGAGGAGGCUGAGAAAUGUGACACCCUGCGCUACUCAUGGGAGAGGCUUCAGGCCCAGUCCAUUGAGGUACAGGACCACCUGAUCAAAAUACAACCUGACUUUAAGAAGGAACUCAUUGAACAUGUCAAGAUAUUCAAGGUGGAUUGUGACGACUUCUAUGGAAGCUAUGAUGAGAAAGGUCCAAUGGUUCCUGGAGUGGCACCCCGAGAAGCUUCAGACAGGCUGAUCAUCUACCAGAACACAUUUGACACACUGUACAGAAAGUUCAUCACUUACACAGGGGGAGAGGAACUCUUCGGGCUCUCUCCAUCAGAUUAUCCCAAGCUGAACCAAAUCAAGAAAGAGUUGAACCUCCUGCAGAAGUUAUAUGGUCUGUACAACAGCGUCAUCGACACGGUGCACGGCUACUACGACAUUUUGUGGCAAGAUGUCAACAUUGACAAGAUUAACAACGAGCUGCAAGAUUUCCAGAACAGGUGCCGUAAACUUCCACGAGCUUUGAAGGAUUGGCCAGCUUUUGAGGACCUGAAGAGAACAAUUGAUGACUUCAAUGAGAUGGUUCCCCUCCUGGAGUUGAUGGCCAACAAGGCCAUGAAACAAAGACACUGGCAGCGCAUGUCAGACCUGACGUCACAUCACUUUGAUGUAGAAGGUGAAAACUUCACACUUCGCAACAUUCUAGAGGCACCCUUGCUCAAGUACAAAGAAGAAAUUGAAGACAUCUGUAUCAGUGCGGUUAAGGAAAAGGACAUCGAAGCCAAGUUGAAACAGGUGGUGACCGACUGGGGCACGCAGGAGUUCACCUUUGGUAACUUCAAGAACAGAGGGGAACUUCUGCUGCGUGGUGACACCACUAGUGAAAUUGUUUCACUGAUGGAAGAUUCCUUGAUGGUCCUUAGCUCACUUCUUAGCAACAGAUACAAUGCUCCCUUCAAGAAAAAUAUCCAGACUUGGGUGGCCAACCUGACCAACUCCUCAGAGAUCAUAGAGAACUGGAUGACAGUUCAAAACCUGUGGGUCUACCUGGAGGCUGUCUUUGUUGGCGGAGACAUAGCCAAACAGCUGCCCAAAGAAGCCAAACGCUUCAGCAACAUUGACAAGUCUUGGGUGAAGAUCAUGACAAAAGCCCACGAAACCCCCAACGUUGUGCAGUGCUGUGUGGGGGACGAGACUCUGAUGCAGCUUCUACCCCACCUCCUGGAACAGCUGGAGCUUUGUCAGAAGUCUCUCACUGGGUACCUUGAGAAGAAGAGGUUGAGCUUCCCCAGAUUUUUCUUUGUGUCUGACCCAGCACUGCUAGAGAUCCUGGGCCAGGCCAGUGACCCCCACACCAUCCAGGCUCACCUGCUGUCUGUGUUUGACAACACCAAGAAUGUCCGCUUCCAUGAGAAAAUCUACGACCAGAUCUUGACCAUCAUUUCCUCUGAAGGGGAGGUCAUUGAGCUGGAGAAGCCUGUGAAAGCAGAAGGCAACGUUGAAGUGUGGCUCAUGAGCUUGAUGACCAUGUCCCAGAAGUCCCUGCAUGCUGUCAUCAGGACAGCAGCCAUGACCAUUCAGGAUUCCAGCUUUAACCUGCUUGAGUUUCUCAACACAUUCCCUGCACAGGUUGGCUUGCUGGGAAUUCAAAUGAUCUGGACACGUGAUGCCACUGAAGCACUGACCAAUGCCAAAUAUGACCGUAAAAUCAUGGGUCAAACAAACGACUCAUUCCUUAAGCUGCUGAACGCAUUGAUUGACCAGACAACUGCUGACCUCACCAAAGUAGAGAGGACCAAGUUUGAGACUUUGAUCACCAUUCAUGUCCAUCAGCGAGACAUUUUUGAUGACCUGUGUCGCCUGCACAUCAAGUCCCCCACAGACUUUGAGUGGCUGAAACAGUCCAGGUUUUACUUUGUUGAGGACCAGGACAAGUGCAUCAUCUCCAUCACAGACGUGGACUUCAUCUACCAGAAUGAGUUCCUCGGCUGCACAGAGAGGCUGGUCAUUACCCCACUAACUGACAGGUGUUACAUCACCCUAGCACAGGCACUUGGCAUGUCAAUGGGCGGGGCACCUGCAGGGCCUGCAGGCACAGGCAAAACAGAGACAGUCAAGGACAUGGGUCGCUGCCUUGGCAAAUAUGUUGUUGUGUUUAACUGCUCCGAUCAGAUGGACUUCAGGGGUCUGGGCAGGAUCUUCAAAGGUUUGGCACAGUCUGGAUCAUGGGGGUGUUUUGAUGAGUUCAACCGCAUUGACCUCCCUGUCUUGUCUGUGGCUGCCCAACAGAUUGCCAUUGUCUUGGCCUGUAAGAAAGAAAGGAAAAAGAACUUUAUCUUCACAGAUGGUGAUAAUGUAGAAAUGAAUACAGAGUUUGGCAUCUUCCUUACAAUGAACCCCGGCUACGCUGGACGCCAGGAGCUGCCAGAAAAUCUGAAAAUCAACUUCCGUACUGUGGCCAUGAUGGUCCCAGAUCGUCAGAUCAUCAUCCGCGUCAAGCUGGCCGCUGUUGGCUUUAUUGACAACAUUGUGCUGGCUCGCAAGUUCUACACACUUUACAAGCUCUGUGAGGAGCAGCUGACCAAACAGGUCCACUAUGACUUUGGUCUGAGGAACAUCCUGUCUGUGCUGAGGACCCUGGGAACUGUGAAGCGCCAGAACCCCACAGAGACUGAGCAGACUGUGGUGAUGAGAGUUCUAAGGGACAUGAAUCUCAGCAAACUGGUUGACCAGGAUGAGCCACUCUUUGUCUCCCUUAUCUCAGAUCUUUUCCCAGGUAUCACACUGGACAAAGCAGGCUACCCUGAACUUGAAGCAGCCAUUGCCAAGAAUGUGGACGAUGCCAAACUCAUCAACCAUCCCGAGUGGACCAUCAAGCUGGUGCAGCUGUUUGAGACCCAGAGAGUCCGCCAUGGCAUGAUGGCCCUUGGCCCCAGUGGUGCGGGUAAGACCUGUUGUAUCCACAUCCUGAUGAAGGCCAUGACAGACUGUGGAGAGCCACACAAGGAGUGGAGGAUGAACCCCAAGGCCAUCACGGCCCCUCAGAUGUUUGGUCGGCUCGAUGUGGCAACCAAUGAUUGGACAGACGGCAUCUUCUCCACUCUAUGGAGGAGGACGACCAGAGUUAAAAAAGGAGAACACAUCUGGCUGGUACUAGACGGGCCUGUGGAUGCCAUCUGGAUUGAAAACUUGAACUCUGUCCUAGAUGACAACAAAACCUUGACCUUGGCCAAUGGUGACCGUAUACCCAUGGCCCCAAACUGUAAGAUCAUCUUUGAGCCACACAACAUUGACAACGCCUCCCCCGCCACUGUCUCUCGUAAUGGGAUGGUCUACAUGAGCAGCUCAGGCCUGGGCUGGAAUCCUAUCCUACGUGGCUGGCUAAACCUGCGUCCAGCACAUGAAAAAGAUAUUCUCAUGGGUUUGUUUGAAGGAUCUUUUACUGCAUUGUGGAACUAUGCCAUACAGAAUCUGGAAUUCAAAAUGGACAUUUUGGAAGCUUUUGUCAUUAGUCAGGCUUGCAAGUUGAUGACUGGACUGAUCACCAUGAAGGAUGAGAAAGAAGGCACAGGGCAGCUGCCUAGAGAAGUGUAUGAGCGCAUCUACAUCUUCACACUCAUGUGGAGCAUCGGAGCUUUCCUAGAGCUGGAUGACCGGGCCAAGAUGGAGGAGUUUCUCCGCAAGCACGAGACCAUCAGACUGGACCUGCCAAAGAUCCCUGAUGGCCUGGAUGCCACAAUGUUUGACUUCAUGGUGGACGCUGAUGGCAACUGGGUGUACUGGGGUGAGAAGGUGAGCAGCUACAUCUACCCCACUGACCACGAGCCUGAGUACACCAGCAUCCUGGUGCCCAAUGUGGACAACGUGAGGACUGAGUUCCUCAUCAACCUGAUCGCCAAACAAAACAAAGCCGUCCUGUUGAUUGGUGAGCAGGGCACAGCCAAGACUGUCAUGAUCAACAACUACAUGGGCCAGUACAACCCAGAGUACCACAUUGGCCAGUCGGUCAACUUUUCUUCAGCCACCACACCUCUCAUGUUCCAGCGCACCAUUGAAAGUUACGUGGAUAAAAGAGUUGGCUCCACCUAUGGGCCCCCUGCAGGCAAGAAAGCCACUGUGUUCAUUGAUGACAUCAACAUGCCUGUCAUCAAUGAGUGGGGCGACCAAAUCGCCAAUGAGAUUGUCAGACAACUCAUGGAAAACCGUGGCUUCUACAGCUUGGAGAAGCCUGGUGACUUCACAACUAUUGUUGAUAUGCAGUUUUUGGCAGCCAUGAUUCAGCCAGGUGGAGGUCGCAAUGACAUCCCCCAGCGUCUGAAGCGCCAGUUUGCCAUCUUCAACUGUACACUGCCAUCCAAUCCAUCCAUUGACAAAAUCUUCACUGUCAUUGGGCUGGGACAUUUCUGCAAGGAGAGAGGCUUCAAAGAGGAUGUCAUUGCCAUGGUCAGGAACUUAGUGCCCAUCACUAGAAGACUCUGGCAGUUAACCAAGAUCAAAAUGUUACCAACACCAGCCAAAUUUCAUUACAUCUUCAACUUGCGAGAUCUGUCUCGCAUCUGGCAAGGCAUGUUGAACACUAUCAGCAGUGUCAUCACUGAUGUCAAAAUCCUGAUGGGGCUCUGGAAACAUGAAUGCUGCCGUGUCAUAGCUGACAGAUUUACCAGUGUGGAUGAUGGUGCCUGGUUCAUCAAAACUAUGACCAGGGUGAUCAAUGAAGAGUGUGGUGAAUCCACAGCUGUCCAUCUAGAACGGAGUGAUCUGUUUGUUGAUUUCUUGAGAGAUGCACCUGAAGCCACAGGAGAUGAGCCUGAAGAUGCAGACUUUGACAUGCCUAAAAUCUAUGAACCUGUUGAAAGCAUGCAGGCCCUCAAGGAGAGGCUGUCCUACUUCCUACAGCAGUACAAUGACAGCGUGCGUGGUGCAGGGAUGGACCUGGUGUUUUUCCAAGAUGCCAUGACCCACUUGGUCAAGGUUUCUCGCAUUAUCAGAACACCCAGAGGACACGCCCUUUUGGUAGGAGUGGGAGGGUCAGGCAAGCAGUCUCUGACCAGGCUGGCCUCAUUUAUUGCUGGAUACAAGACCUUCCAGAUUACUUUGACCAGGUCCUACAAUGUUUCCAAUCUGCUGGAGGACCUCAAGUUCCUGUACAGAACAGCUGGUCAGCAGGGCAAGGGCAUCACAUUCAUUUUCACUGACCAGGAGAUCAAGGAUGAAGGUUUUCUAGAGUAUCUCAACAACAUGCUGUCUUCUGGUGUGGUCUCCAACUUGUUUGCCAGAGAUGAAAUGGAUGAGAUCCUGGGAGAGCUGGUCUCUGUCAUGAAGAAGGAAUUCCCUAAAAGACCCCCAAGCAAUGAAAACCUGUAUGAAUAUUACCUGACGAGGGUCAGGGCCAACCUUCAUGUUUCACUUUGUUUCUCACCUGUGGGAGAAAAGUUCCGCCAGCGAGCCUUGAAGUUUCCUGGUCUGAUCUCUGGCUGCACCAUGGACUGGUUCCAGAGAUGGCCAAAGGAUGCCCUGAUUGCUGUGGCUGACCACUUCCUGCGUGACUUCAACAUCGUGUGUACAGAGGACGUGAAGAAACAAGUCAUCCACACCAUGGGGAUCAUCCACGACGGGGUGGCAGAGAGCUGCAUAGACUACUUCCAGAGAUAUCGGCGCUCAACACAUGUGACACCCAAGUCAUAUUUGUCUUUCAUCAAUGGCUACAAGUCAGUGUACAUGAACAAGAGGAACAUGAUAGGGGAACUUGCCAACAGGAUGAACACAGGUUUGGAGAAGCUGGUGGAGGCCUCUCUAGCGGUGGCGGAGCUGAGCAAGGAACUUGCUGUCAAAGAAAAGGAAUUAGCCAUUGCUUCAGAAAAGGCUGAAGCUGUUCUCAAACAAGUGACCAUCCAGGCUCAAGCUGCUGAGAAAGUGAAAAAUCAGGUCCAGAAAGUGAAAGACAAAGCUCAGACAAUUGUGGACAGCAUUGCCACAGACAAGGCCAUAGCCAUGGAUAAACUGGAGGCCGCACGGCCUGCACUAGAGGAGGCUGAGGCCGCCCUUAACACCAUCAAACCUAAUCACAUAGCCACGGUCAGAAGGUUGGGCAAGCCCCCACACCUCAUCAUGAGGAUCAUGGACUGUGUACUCAUCCUCUUCAGGAGCAAAUUGAACUCUGUCACGUUAGAUCCUGAAAAACCAGAAUUUGUCAAGCCAUCUUGGAACCAUUCCCUAAAGCUGAUGGCAGACACCAACUUCCUGAAAAAUCUGGUGGAGUAUGACAAAGAUAAAAUAAACGAUGAGAUGUGUGAGCACAUGGAGCCCUACCUAGAAGCUGAGGACUACACUUUAGAUAUUGCCAAGAAUGUUUGUGGUGAUGUUGCUGGUCUCUUGUCAUGGACCAAGUCUAUGUAUGUCUUCUACUUCAUCAACAAGGAGGUCUUACCCCUCAAGGCCAAUUUGGCAGUUCAAGAGGGCCGUUUGAAGAUUGCCAUGACAGAUUUAGAGAAAGCUCAAGCUCAGCUGGACGCCAAAGAGGCUGAGCUGAGAGCUGUGCAGGCUGAGUAUGACAAGGCCAUGGCAGAGAAGCAGGCCCUGAUGGAUGAUGCUGAGACCUGCAGACGUAAAAUGUCUGCUGCUUCUGCUCUUAUCAAUGGCCUUGGAAGUGAAAAGGAGAGAUGGACAGAACAGAGCAAAGAGUUUAAAGCACAAAUAGGAAGACUGGUGGGAGACAUCUUGAUCUGUACAGCUUUCCUGUCCUACUCUGGCCCAUUCAACCAAGACUUCCGUAGUCUGCUCAACAAAAACUGGAUGAAAGAGCUCAAGAGUCGCAAGAUCCCGUACUCAGCCAAUCUGAACAUGGUGGAACUUUUGGUUGACCCCACUCAGAUUGCUGAAUGGAACCUCCAAGGUCUACCAAAUGAUGAGUUAUCCACACAAAAUGGCAUCAUUGUAACUCAAGCUUCUCGUUACCCUCUUCUCAUUGACCCUCAAGGUCAAGGCAAAAGUUGGAUCAAAAAAAAAGAGGAAAAGAAUGAGCUCCAGGUGACCUCCCUCAAUCACAAGUACUUCAGGCAACAUUUGGAGGACUCCAUGUCACUAGGACGUCCUCUGAUGCUGGAGGACAUUGGAGAAGAACUGGACCCUGCCCUGGACAAUGUGCUGGAGAAGAAUUUUAUCAAGGCUGGCUCCAUGCUGAAGGUCAAGGUUGGAGACAAAGAGUGUGACAUCAUGAAAGGCUUCACCCUGUACAUCACCACCAAGAUGCCCAACCCCUCAUACACACCUGAGAUCUCGGCCCGAACUUCCAUCAUUGAUUUCACCGUCACCAUGAAAGGCUUAGAGGAUCAGCUCUUAGGACGUGUGAUUCUCACAGAGAAAGCUGAACUUGAGAGUGAGAGGCUGAAGCUGAUGGAGGAAGUCACGGCCAACAAGAAAAAAAUGAAAGACCUAGAGGACAGUCUUCUGCUUCGUCUGACAACAACCAAAGGUUCGCUAGUAGAUGAUGAGGAUCUGAUCAAUGUCCUCCACAUCACCAAAGCUACUUCACUGGAUGUCACUCAGAAGCUGGACAUUGCAGCAGAAACAGAGGUGAAAAUAAACUCUGCUAGAGAAGAGUUCAGGCCAGUAGCAACCAGAGGCUCCAUCUUGUAUUUCCUGAUCACUGAGAUGAGCCUGGUCAAUGUGAUGUAUCAGACAUCACUCAAACAGUUUCUACAGCUCUUUGAUCUCUCCAUGGCCAGGUCAACCAAGUCACCAAUCACUCAAAAAAGAAUCCAGAACAUAAUUGAUUACAUGACCUUUGAGGUCUUCAAGUAUGCAGGCAGAGGUCUUUAUGAAAGUGAUAAAAUGACCUUCACUCUGCUCCUUGCCCUGAAAAUUGACUUGCAAGCCAUGAAAAUUAAACAUGAUGAGUUUAUGACUCUUGUCAAAGGUGGAGCCUCCGUGGACACAUCUACUGCCCCACCCAAGCCACCCCAGUGUAAAUGGAUUCCUCAGAUCACCUGGCUCAACCUGACAGAGCUCAGUAAACUGCACCAGUUCUCUGGCAUUAUUGAACAGGUUGAAAGAAAUGACAAGCAGUGGAAGCAGUGGUUUGAAAAAGAAGCGCCAGAAGAGGAGGUCAUACCAGACGGCUACAACAACUCCCUGGAUGUCUUCCGGCGUCUGCUGCUGAUCAGGUGCUGGUGCUCUGACAGGAUUCUGCCAAUGGCCAAACGCUACAUAGCUGAUACCAUGGGGGAGAAGUAUUCUGAGGGCAUCAUUCUGGACAUGGAGAAGAUGUGGCAAGAGAGCACCAACCGCUCCCCCUUAAUCUGCCUGCUGUCCAUGGGAUCUGACCCCACACCUCUCAUAGAGGGCUUGGCUAAAAAGUUGCGACUAGAAUGCAGAGCCAUUUCUAUGGGUCAAGGUCAAGAAGUUCAUGCCAGGCGUCUGCUGCAACAAGGCAUAACAUCUGGUGGCUGGCUGCUGCUACAGAACUGUCAUCUCAGUUUGGAUUAUGUUAAUGAGGUCUUGGAUGUUAUUGUAGAAACUGAGACCGUCCAUGAUGAAUUCAGGCUUUGGGUGACCACUGAGGUCCAUCCCAAAUUUUCCAUCAACUUUUUACAGAUCUCUAUCAAGUUUACCAAUGAGCCACCGCAGGGUGUGAAGGCAGGUUUGAAGAGAACAUUUGCAGGGAUGACACAAGACUUCUUGGACAUCUCUAACAUGCCCCAGUGGAAGCCCAUGCUGUAUGGAGUGGCUUUCCUGCACACUGUGGUUCAGGAGAGAAGGAAGUUUGGACCCCUGGGCUGGAAUAUUCCCUAUGAGUUCAACACCUCAGACUUCAAUGCCAGCAUACAGUUUGUGCAGAACCAUCUGGAUGAUAUGGAUCCAAAGAGGGGUGUCAACUGGAUCUGUGUGCGCUAUAUGUUUGGUGAGAUCCAAUAUGGCGGCCGCGUGACAGAUGACUACGACAAGCGUCUGCUCAACACUUUCUGCCGUAUUUGGUUUGGUGAGAACAUGUUCCAGCCCGGCUUUGUCUUCUACAAAGGCUACAACAUCCCAAAGUGCAGCAAGAUCAAUGAGUUCCAUGAGUACAUCAACAACCUGCCCUCUACCGACCCACCUGAGGUCUUUGGGCUGCACUCUAAUGCUGACAUCACGUAUCAGAAUGUGACAGCCAAGUCAAUUCUGGACACCAUCUUAAACAUCCAGCCCAAGGACAGCUCCUCCAGUGGCGGGGAGACUCGUGAGUCCAUGGUCUACAAGUUCUGUGAUGACGUCCUCAACAAGCUGCCCACAGACUACGACCCCUUUGAGAAGGCAGCGUGUCUUGCUAAACUGGGCAAGCUCGAGCCUCUGGUCAUCUUUUUGAGACAGGAACUGGACAGAAUGCAGUCAGUGAUAACAGCUGUCAGGAGUACAGUAAUAGAUCUCAAGCUGGCUAUUGAUGGCACCAUCAUCAUGAGUGAAACACUCAGAGAUGCGCUGGAUUCCAUUUAUGAUGGACGCAUCCCAUCUGCCUGGAAAAAGAUCUCUUGGGACUCGAGCACCAUCAGCUUCUGGCUGAAUGAGCUGCAGGACAGAAACACACAGUUCAGGUCCUGGCUUUACAACGGUGCUCCCAAAUCUUUCUGGAUGACUGGCUUUUUUAAUGCUCAAGGUUUCUUGACUGCUAUGAGACAGAAAGUGACACGUAACCACAAGGGCUGGGCCCUAGACACUGUAGUGCUGCACAACGAAGUCACCAAAUUUGAGAACUCCGAAGCUGUGACCUCAGAGCCACCAGAAGGGAUCUACGUGCAUGGGCUAUUUUUAGACGGUGCAGCCUGGGAUAGGAGGAACAGCAAGCUCAUUGAGUCCAAGGCAAAGGUUUUGUUUGAAGCCAUGCCAGUUAUACACAUCACAGCUAUAAGCAACACCACCCAGAAUGACACAUCACGCAUGUACAAGUGCCCCAUCUACAAGAAGCCGAGGAGAACAGACUUGACCUACAUUGCUGAGAUUGUUCUCAGGACAUCACAGAACACCCACCCUGACCACUGGAUCUGUCGUGGUGUGGCACUGCUGUGUGAUGUCAAAUAAAAAGUUUAGGAUACCACUGUGUCUUACUCAGUUCAAUAUUUUUCUGACUGAAGUCAUAUUUAUUCAAGUCAUUUCCUGUCUCUUAGGAACAGAAUUUAAUGUACUAGUUCUUCAAGUCAGUUGAAUAACAGUUAUUCAAUAACACAUUUGAAAAGUGGUACUAAAAUCUUUUUUUCUAAUUAAAAUUUUUAGGCUCUCCAGAUCUGUGUCAAAACAUGGUUGAACCUAGACAUUUAACCUCAGUUUUGUUUUAAAUGUAUUCAAUACAAAUACUACUACUACUUAAUAUUUAUGCAAAUUGUAAUUGAUUGCACUUAUGAAUCAUUCACUAUAAAUAAAUACAAAUGUGCUGCUGUAAUUGUUUAGUGGCAGCCAACAGUUCCUGCCAAAGUGCCAGCAGUUAAAAAAUAGUUUUAAGCUUCCUCUCAUUUAUUUGUUUCGCUGUAUUAGUUUUUCUUUAUUUAUAUUUAUUACAAGGUGCCUCAAAAAAAUGAGUUUCCUUCUUAUAAUAUCCUUGUUGAACUUCUUGCCUUUAAUCAUGCCUAUUUAUGUAAUUUAAAAUGAUAUUCUUGCUUUAUCAUGUUUAUAUUGUAAUACUAAUAUGUUCUAGUCUAUUAUACACAUUUUGUAUAUUUUAUCCUUUAAAUUAGUUGGCCUCUUAUACAUUCGUAGACACCUAUGUUAACUCAUUUAAAACAGAUCCUUAUACUCAAUUUUGAUACAAAUUUUUAAACUUUUUUUUCUAUUUUCCUUUGCAGUUUAUAUUUUUUAAAUUUAAAAACUUGAUUGUUGCUGAAAUUUCUAAUAAUGUGUAUACUGUUAAUGCAUUUGUCAAUAACAAUGAAGGACGGAAAAUUAAAUCUUAAUUUAAGGCAUACAAAUUGCCUUUACAUUGUAUGAAUAAUUUUCAUCCAGUUUAGCAACAAAGUAACCAUUUUAUUUCUAAAUUUGUGCAUGUUUUGUAUGUGAUUUGGACAAGGGAAGAUCCUUGUACCACUGAGGGGCUUAUCUGUGAUACAACUUUUUGAACAAAUCUUCUUAAUAUUUAAGUAGAUAAAAUGAAAUCAUUUGAUCAAAUUAUUUGUAUAGUUUCAUUUUAUUGAAUUAUUUAAACUAUUUAUUAAAAAUAAAAUUGCACACUACAAGCUAACUUGACUUUACUUAUUCUAUUAGUUAAAAUCACGUUACUUUAUUGCACUUAACUACCUGUGGGGUAGGAGAAAAAAAUGGCUCAUCCAUUUAUAAUUAUUAUUAUUAAGAGACAAUACUAAUGAAU